GCCAUUACGUUCAAUUGGAGCUGAAAAAGUAUUUUAGAAAACUCAUUUAAAGAAUUUUACAAAAGAAUUGAAUUGAUUUAAAAACGUAUAUUUUAAAAAAAAUAUGUAAAACAAAUUGAAUUUUAUGCUUUUAAUAAGAUUUUGAGCUUUAGCUCAACGAAUUAGUAUAAUAUUUCAUAAGCACCAUUCUUUUAAUAAUCGGGGUGGACAUUUUCGUUUGCUGGAAAUAUUCUUCGUAAUUUAGAAAGUAUAUAUCCGUUUGUUAUUUCUUUUUCAUUUAAUAGUAUUUCAGUGAUUAAAAAUCAUUUAAGCAAAUAAGAAAAAAAAAACUUGUAAUGAUGUUCACGGGUACAACACAAGCACAGGAUACUCGAUUUAGCGAUAAGGAAAAAAAAUUAAUGAAGCAAAUGAAAUUCGGUGACAGCUUGAAUAAAAGAGUUGAUAUGUCCAAAGUCAAACUGGACGUGUUACGACCGUGGAUUAGUAAGAAAAUCACAGAUUUUUUACAUAUUGAAGAUGAUGUUGUAGUAGAAUUUGUUUAUAACCAACUUGAAGAAGAAAAAUUUCCUUGUCCUAAAAAAAUGCAAAUUAAUAUGACUGGAUUUUUGAAUGGACGUAAUGCAAGAGAAUUUAUGAACGAGCUAUGGGCUUUAUUAUUAGCAGCUCAAGAAUCAGAAACUGGAAUACCACCAGAGUUCAUCAAUCAAAAAAAAGAGGAACUAUUGCGAAAAGAUGAAGAUAGAGACAGAGACAGAAGCAGAGAUCGUGAAAGGGAUCGUGACCGAGAUAGGAGCAGAGAUCGUGAUCGGGAUAGAAGUAGGGAUAGAGUACGUAGUAGAGAUAGAGAAAGAGAUAGAAGUAGGGAUCGCAGUAGGGACAGGGAUCGUCUAAGAGAAAGGGAUAAAGAUAAAGAGAGAGCACGAUCGCAAGACCGUAUUAAAGAUAAAGAAACUAAUGAUAAGCGUCAUAGUGAAUUGAAUGAUUCGUUUAAUAACGAAACUUUUCCCAAUGUUCAAGAGAAGUCUGAAGAAAAUAAAGAAACUUUAGGUGAUUCAAAAGAUGAAAAUAAUUUAGGAGUGGAAGUGAAGACUAGAUCCAAAUCCAGAGAAAAAGAAAACACAAAUACUUUGACAUUAAGGUUGAAUGAGUCAGAUAAUGGGAAAGAUAAGGAAAGUCGAACGAAGUCACCAAAUAGACAUAAAGAAACUAAGAAAUCACCAGCACGGCGUUCAUCGCCAAGAAAACGCUCAUCAAGAGAUAGAAAGCGUUCUAGGUCAAGAUCUCCCAGACGCGAUAGGCGAAAGCGUAGUAGAUCUAAACGUAGUCGAACUAGAUCAAGAGAUCGAAAAACUUCUAACAGGCGAUCCCCAAGACGAAAAGAAAGGUCAAGAUCAAGAAAUCGCAACGAAAGGCGAAGGUCUAGGUCAAAAUCUCAAGAUUAUAAUUCUAAACAAAAAUAUGAUGCUAGUCCAGAAAGGAAAAAAUCGCCCACUCUAGUUCCUGAUCUUAAUGGUGGUCCAAAUGGAACCAUUUCUGACACGUCUAUAGCCAUAGCGGCUGCAGCAGCUAUAGAGCCCAAAAAGCUAUCUAAAGUUCAAGAAAAAUUAUUAAAUCUUGCUGGAGGGAGCAAGGAAAGAAGAUCUAGGAGCUCAAGCAGUCGCAGCAGGUCUAGGUCUCCAAAUAAAAAGGGCAGGAGUCGUUCUAGAUCUAGGAAAAGAUCAAGGCGAACCAGGUCAUCAAGCUCUUCUUUGUCCAGAUCACGAUCUAAAUCUGCAGAUAAAAAGAAACCUUUGUCAAACAAUAAAAGAUCACGAUCAAGAACAUCAAGGAGUAGUAGAUCAAGAUCACGACACAGUAAUAAGGAUUUUGAAAUUCAAAAGAAAACUGAUAGUGUUCAAAAUAAACGCCACUACAGAACGAAUAAGGACACUUCAGAUAGUGAUUCUCCAGAACGUGUAGAAUCUCGGCGACCAGAAAAUAAAAGAAAUCAAGGAGGACGUUUUUCGUCUAGAGAAAGGAGUCCUAAAAGAAGUGGAAGAAGAAACAGAUCAAGAACUCCAAGACAAAGAUCGAGAUCUCCAAGAGCUAGAUCAAGGUCUAGAUCGCCAAGAAGAAGGUCAAGAUCACCUAGGUGGGUGAACCGACGACGGUCUCCGGCUCGCGGUGGACAAUCGCGAAAUAUGCAAAGUGGAAAUUUCCGAGGAAAUCGUGGUACGUUUUUCAAUCGCAGACGUAGUCCAAGUCCAAGAGAAUGGAGGAGAUUUUCACCACAAAGAAGACGUUCUUCUCCAUUUGAUCGUCGAUCUCCUCCAAGAAGGAGGGGAUCUUCACCAUUUGACAGACGUGUGUCUCCAAUAAGAGAUAGACGUUCCCCAAACAGAAAAAUUUCUCCAGCGCGAAGGCAAGAAUCUCCUCCACCGCGUAAACUAUCAAGGGAAAGACGUAUGUCCUCUAGAGAAAGACGUUCUUCACCUUCUUCCUCACGAAGACAAAGCUCGCCAACUAGAAAUACUAAUCAAAGAACGUCCGAUCGAUGGGAUCAAAAACCUCAACAAGCAAGACCAGCUAGAGGUAUGCGUGACGAUAGUGAAAAUUGGGAUAGUUCUUCUGAAAGUAAAAGAAGUCCACGAGAAAGAGAUAGACGAAAUAGCUCAGUUGAAUUUGUAAAUAAAGGAAGAAGCUCAAGUCGAAAACGAAGUCCUGUCAGAAAACCUAGUUUAACAAAGAAAGCAAGUCCUUUGCAAAAGUCUUCAACAGAGCGUUCCAAAACUACAACUGGAAAAAUUGAUGUGUCCACUAAUAGGAACCGUAAAAAGUCAGUAAGUAAAGAAAAGCAAACCGAGAGGCAGCGAAGUUAUUCAAGUUCAUCUGAGUCUGAAGAGUCGUCCGAGGACGAUGACGAAUCUUCUGGAUCAUCAAGUCUUUCUAGAACUCCAUCACCAUUCUUAAAACCUCACGAACGUGAGCAAUUAGAAAGAGAAAAGAAAUUAUUAGCCGCAAAACUAGCUCAGCAAAAUAAAGAAAAAACAGCAAUUAAUUCACAGCCACAGAACGCAUCUAAUUCUAAUUCACAUUCAACAUCCGCCACAGCGCUUCAACAUACAACCGCAAAUGCUAGUACCAGUAAGAAGAAACAAGAAUCAAGUAGCUCUUCUGACGAUUCAUCUGAUUCUGAAUCUGAAAGUGAUAAUGAUGAAAAAUCAAAAAAACGGAGUAAAAUUGAUAAAAAUUCAUCAAGAAAUAAAUCGCAAACAAAAUCGAUAACAAACGAGGAGGACGGAAAAAUUGACAAAGAUAAAGGACAUAUAAAAGAAAAAUCAAAACGAGAAGAAUUAGAGGAAAAGAGACGUGCAGCUGUUGCUGAAUUUAAAAGAAAAUUGUCAACGGAAAAUCGUGAAGCAGCAAAUGCAGUGUCUGAAUUGAAAAAAACCAAGUCUAAUGACAAAGCUGCUAUAUCAACAAGCUCAGAAAAAACUAUAGAAAAAAAACAAAAUCAAUCAAGUGCUCCUGCUGUACCUGCACGUUCUCGUUCUAUCGAAAAACUUACAGAGAAAAAGAAAUUGGAAAAUAAAUCAGAACAACUUAAAGAUGAAAUUAUUCCUGCAAAAGUUAAAACAAAUGCUACAAAAGAUAAUCGUAAACGAGUAAAGAAAACUUCUGAUAGUAGCGAUUCGGAUGCUCCAAAGAAAAAACGUAAAAAGGAGAAAAAAUCUCGAAAAGUUUCUGACAGCGAUAGCUCUUCUGAUUCUGAAAUUGAAAAGAAGAAAAAACAUAAAAAACACAAAAAACAUGGAAAAAAACAUAAAAAACAUAAGAAACAUAAAAAGAAGAAUAAGAGAGCCAAUAAUAAUAGCUCUGAUAGUUCUGAUAGUGAUGAUAACGUUAAUGAUGACGAAAAAUCCAUACCAACUAAACGUAGUACAUCUACUUUACCUAAUGAUGAUUUAGAAAAACAAUUACGUGAAAGAGCACUUAAAUCAAUGAAACGACAAGCUAGCGUAUCCGAUUGAAUAUAAAAGAAAAUUUAUAUUUUAGUAACACAACAAAUAAACAUAUUAUUACUAUUAUAAUAUUUUUAUUUUUCAAAUUAAAAAAAAAAACAAAAAUUAAA